CGGUAACGAAGACGAAGAAGAGAAGCGAAUCAUCCCGGCAGGUCCAAACCCCUUGCACAACAGUACAGAAAGUCCUGUCUGUUUCAGACGCAGCAGAAGCAAACAUACAACUUGCAUCUUCAGCCGUCGAUCUGCAAACCAAAAUCCAAAUAUUCACGUUACCGAGCACUGACGUUAAGGUGGACCGUAACGUACGUGAUAACAUCUCUAGAAGCAAAACUCAUUACUUUAAAAAUGGAAGCUCACUUUUCACCACCCUGCCGUCGCUCCUUACGUCAUUUUGACGACGUCAUCGUUCUCUUCUUUCCACACGUGGCCUUGAAGCACCUUCCUAGUAUCUACCCUGAAAUUGCUUCCUAGUCAUUAGUAAAUGUUUAUCAAUCUUAUCUCUUACUUAAUUAUCUUUCUUUAUAAAUUUUUAAAAAAUAUUCGUUCAUAAAUAUACUAAAGAUAUAUUAUAUAUAUGCAUAUAAAUAAAUGACCAUUCAUCCCUGUCUCCCCUUCUUCACUUGCUGUACUAGCUCUUAGAUGCUUUAAGAUCUCUCUGUCUUUCAAUUUUUUUUUUGGUACUUAAAAAAGAAAAAUGAAUAUUUCCCAAAACCCUAGCCCUAAUUACCCCAUCUUCUCCGAUGAAAACUUUAUUAAUCCUUUCAUGGAUAAUUUCGAUUUCACGGAUUUGAUCUUCGAUGUUAAUGAAGGAGGCAACAAUAAUGGAUUCAUCCCGGAGGAAACUUCAUCUCCUAUAAGCAUCGUUUCAUCGGAGACAUUUACCGGCGAAAGCGGUGGAUCCGGCAGCGGAAUAACGACGUCAAGUAAAAAGGAACCAACUUUUGGAUGCAAAAGUAGGGGAAGUAAAGACGGUGAGACGAAGGAGAUGGGCCAUAGAGUUGCAUUUAGAACGAGGUCAAAGAUUGAUGUGAUGGAUGAUGGUUAUAAAUGGAGGAAAUAUGGGAAGAAAUCUGUGAAGAACAACACAAACAAGAGGAAUUACUACAAAUGCUCAAAUGAAGGUUGCACGGUGAAGAAGAGAGUAGAGAGAGAUGGUGAGGAUGCAGCUUAUGUGAUUACAACAUAUGAUGGAGUGCAUAACCAUGAGAGUCCCUCACAUGUCUAUUACAACGACAUGGUUUUGUCAUAUGAUCAUGAUAAUUGGAACCAACACUCUCUUCUUCAAGCUAUCCAACAAAUAUCUCCUCCAUACUGAGAUUAUUAGAUAACUACCCCAUCGUCAUAAUCUCAAUGUAUUAUUGCCUUGUGUAAUAAUAAAAAGUUCGUUAUAUCGCGUAUAACUGUAUUGAUAUAGUGUAAAUGGUUAUGAAACCUUUUGUAGUUAUCUAGAUAUCAAAAUAUCAAUCUGUAUAUAGUUCAUAA